UAAAUAUUUAGCUAAUAUGCAAAUUCACACUGCUGGUCAUCAGAAAUACCAAAAUAACAGCUUGAGAUGGUCAGACUGUGUUUAUAUAAUCAAAUAACGAAUUAAAACCAACUUAUUGGGGGAAAUGAACACUUGAACAUAGCCUAUAUUAGCGUGAUAAUAACUACCUAAAAUAACAAGAAACAUGUUUGGAGAAAUUUUAUUUGAGUUGUUAGUGUCCCUUCGGAGGGAAUCACCUUGUUGUUUACAAAUACUUCCGGGUAGGAAACCAGCAGAGUUUAGCUAGGCCUACAUAUAUAUGUGAAUAUCUCACAUUUUCACGUCACUAUAUCACCGUUUAGAGUUAAAGCAAGCACCGUAUCAGAGUUAAAGCAAGGUUUGUUUGUUUUUUUACACCUGCGUGCAGUGAAGUCUUCAGUUGAAAAUAGCCUCGCGUCACCAGGCUCUUCACGUAAAGCUGAAAAGGACAGAAGGCCUUAGAAGUUUCUCAGCAUAUUAGUCUCUUGGGUAUUUUACGUCUGAACAAGGUCCAAGUGAUUGACAAAAGUUUACACACCUGGCGGCAAUUACAGUCAGGCAAACGGCUGUACGAGACCGUUACAGCAUGUGUGUGAGUGCUGGUUGGGACCCCUGGUUGUGGAUUUUGGGGGCAGUGCUAAAUUCAAACGUGCUCUGUUUUAACACACGCCUCAUUUCAACUCCACUAUUCCGCUCAGAGCUUCUGCUGGGAGGAUGAACACGAACACACAGAGGACAAUGCGACAGAGAAACAAAGUAAGUCUGAGGAAAUAUGUUGUUUCUCAGUAGAAAUUAUGGAUGCAAUAGACUCAACUGAUCCAUACAGCCGACCAGCGCGCAGGACACAAUGGAUAGUCAGCACUCUGGCUUACCAUUACGGACUGGACAGAGGAGUGGAGAACGAAAUCAUAGUUUUGGCAACGGGAUUGGAUCAGUACCUACAGGAGAUCUUUCAUCAUAUGGACUAUCAAGGUGGAGGCAAAAUCCCCGCCGAGGAUUUUAACAUUUUGUGUGACGUUUUGGGACUGAACAAAGAGUCGGAGGAUACAGAGUGUACUGGGGUUUUAGACAAUUUACCCAGGGAGCUCACCUUCAGACACUUCCACGCUAAACUGUGCGGAUACUUCAGCACCAAGGCGGGCUGUCAGUAUGAAAACGGCCGGCUGCUGGUCGGGAAGGACAGCGAGCAUAUAGAGACUCAAAUCCGCCUGAGAAGCCCUAUGAGGCGGCGAGAUAAACUGCUGUCUGUGGGUGUAGGCGGCCCCUCCUCGGAGGGACGACACGCCUCCGCUUGUAGGCUCGGAUCCUGCUCCAGAGAGUGCUAUGAGGAGAUAGUGGCGCUGGAGGAAGCAGAGGACCGAAUAGCCAAACUGGAAGAUGAAAGUGCAAGUUUAAGGGAGCUGAUUGAGGACUUGCGAGCCGCACUUCAGAGCAGUGAUGCCCGCUGUUUGGCUCUUCAGGUAGGACUGUGGAAAAGCCACUCCAAACAUAAACCAGAGGGAGGCUGUUUUGCUGCUCAUCAGAAACCAGAGGCCCAGAAAAGUAUGAGCAACAGCAACCUGAAGAGCCACAUCUACAGCGACCUGAAAAACCUGCAGAAAAUCAUCCAUGAGGUCGAGCUGCUGCAGAGCUCCAGAGACCAACAGGUAGAGGAGACCCUGCUGUGUAAUGAGAACCUGGAGCAGGAGCUGUGGCGCUCUAAAGAGACUGUGGCUGCUCUAGAGGACUGCAACCGAGCCCUGAAGAGGGAGCAGGUGGGGAUGAGGAGGAAGGUGGAGGAGGCCAGGCAGGCACUGCUCAGUGGCCUGGGGAAGGUGAAGGAACUGGAAGCCAAGGCCAGUCAUGUGCCAGUGCUACAGAGACACAUCCUCCAGCUGGAAUCAGAACUCCUCUAUUACAGAUCGGAGGUGUCAAAACUACAACUCCCAAGUAGCACCAGGGCAGAGCAGCAGCUGAGUGUUGGCAACAGGCGGGGCCAGAGGUGUUGCUCGGACUCCCAACAUGACCGAUGUUCUCCGACAGGGCGUGCUCUGAUGACCCCAGUGGAGGAGCAGCUGUUCCGUUCGGUGGAGGGCCAAGCAGCAUCUGAUGAGGAAGAGGAUAAGUGGACUGAAGAUCAGCAGAGGCAGGUGGAUGAGGUGAAGAGGAUCUUGACUAGGCUGUCCUGCUGUGGGGAAAGGUGCGAUGACAAGGCAUUCAAGAAGCUGAUGUCUACGUAUGGGAACUGGAGGAGUGAGGAGAGCUGCAGCGCUGUGGUGGAGCUCCUGGAGAGGGUGACCAAGUUGCAUAAGCAGCUGGAGCUGAAGGAGAGCCAAGUGGAGAUAGACAUGGACCAGAUGAAGGACUCUUUGGUGCAGGAGCUGCAGCAGAAGGCAGUGGAGACUGAGCUGCUUCAGAUGGAGCUGCAGAUGCUGGAGACAGAAAGGGUUCGCCUGUCGCUGGUGGAGGAGAAACUUGUGGACAUCCUGCAGCUCCUCCAGCAGCUCAGAGACUUGAAUGUCUCUCGGAGGUCCCUUGGGAAAAUCCUGCUCAGCACUUUGGGGUCUUGCAGCGACCCACAACAUGGGAAAGCACACAUUCUGGAGGUGCUCAACGCUCUCUAUCAUGAACUGGCUGCCUAUGAGAUUCUGUCUGGCAGUGGACCUUUGGAGCAAACACAGAGUCAACAGUCUCUGAAUGCCCUCAUCAUCUCCUGCUAGUCAAGAUUGCCUCCUGCUGGGCCAGUCAUGUGCCAACAGACUUUCUAGAGAACACUGAAAGCUUGACGAUGCUCACGAACCAAGCCAAUUGAUGUGUAUAGUGUAUUAUAAUGUAGCUUAUAUACUCCUCACAUCCUAUUAUCUGUAAGAGAUACUAGCUGUUCGUUCGUAUAGCUAAGGGCUUUCUUAUAUUUAAAGGAAAUUCAUGCAAAUACAUAUGUUUCAAGAUAUUUUAUUGCACAUACUCUUUCAUCGUCCAAUAUGGAUUUUGUUUUUCAACAACAGAGCUCUGAAUGUGAAAAUGUUGUAAUAAGCUAAACUUUAAAGUAUAUUUCUCAGUCUGAAUUGUAUGGACCUCCACUGGUCAACAAAAUCCCUGAUAGAAUUUAAAGGAAACUUAAUUUAUCUAAGUCUGCAUAUCAAGAUAAAUGUAUCGUAAUAACUUGACAAGCCUGUGUGAUUACAAAGUGUACAGAGAAAUGAAGCCUACAUUGAACCCACAUAACCACAUAUAUAUGGCUGUGUACUUUGGGACCCUCAAGAUGCCUGAUUGAUGUGUAGGCCCCAAUCACACAGAAAGCGUUUUAGCAGGUGGAGGUGGCUUUUUGUAAUUGUUCUUAAUGAGAAUGAAGUUUUUUACUCACUGUUUAUGCACUGCUGCAUGCCUUGCUUUUCUGCACUCUGGGCACCUGGUGUUUUUGUCAGAGCACUCUGAACUCCUUGAGUUGAAAAACUGAGCCAAAAAGCACCCCACAUCAUCUCCACUUUUUUCCCAUUGUCCAAUCAGAUGAUUUUAGGGGCUGGCCUUCUGUGAUGGUCACAACAAAAAGUUUUCAGGAUGUCAGACUGCCCCUGAUUCAUCCUAAAAUAUGCCUGGAAACAGCCAUCGUGGAGGCGAAGCUCCUGGACAAACUGGUGGUACUCCCUGUGAUCCACCCUCUUUUUUAGGGUCUCAUGUACACACACAGAUCUCAGUUUCCCUGUGCCCAACAAACUAUUAGCUGACAGCCUCUCACCUUCAACCAGAGCUACAGCAAGUACCCUCUGCCUGUCUAUUUUAUUAACUAGAAACAAACUACUGUGAAAUAAAUAAAAUAAAAUGGUAGAUUGAUUACACGGAAAGGUUAGAGUAAAGAGGUGAUGAGGUGGUUGCCUAGCAACAGUAAAAAGGCACAGCAAGCUUCUUUUUUUGCCAGUGGCAUUCAGUUUAAAAACAAAAGGCAGUGCAGUGCCUUUUCUGUGUGAUCAGGGCCUAAUGAUGCAUUCAUGUGGUUCGGUCAUUAAUGUCAGUAAUGUUGGAAUAGAUCAGCCAUCUACCAGGUGUUUGUAUUCUGGUACUCAUCUAUGAGCGAUAUCAUGACAUGAAUUAGACCAAUGAAAAAGCUGUAAACUUUAAAGCUGAAAAAAACAUACUGACAGUCUGGCUUCAACUUAUUUCCCACUUGCUUGUUCCAAAGUUUGUGACCAUAUCACACGUUCUUCAUCAGCAAGCAGAUAUAGUUUUUUAUAGACGUUAUGGAUACAGUAUCCUGGCCAUUAACCUGCUACACUCGUUGCUCAUGAUGUGUUAUGGUUGAAUGUUUACCUUGUACUAUAAAUCUUGAUAUCAUGGGACUUGUCCAAGGUCCCACUGGUAUUUACUAGUUUGUCUCCCUUUUAAAGGCAACUUCCAAAUGCAUCAUUAGUUUUGGUCUUUGUAAGCCUUAAACACGCAGGCAUCACUAGUAUUUAGAAACUCUAAAUAGGCUGCAUUAAUGUGCUAAUAUUUGUCAAAUAAUUACAAUGUCAUUUUUUAUUUUUUAUUUGAGAGGCCGCUGUGUGUGUGUCUGACUCAAGAAGGUGGCACACAAUGACCAUAUAACCAUAUCACUUAAUUGUCUCCAAGGGGGAAAUUUGUUACCUCACCACAAGCAUUAUCCAUGCCUCCAGAACACUCUGCAGAUGCAUUUGCACCACAAAGACACUCAUGUACAACAAGUUCUAUUCAUACAAACAACACAAAAAAAAAAAUAUGGCCCACUCUAGUGCAACUAUUCUAUUGAAUUAUUAAAAGCAGUGUCUGACACCUGUCUCUUUGUGUGAUGCAGCAUUACUCAUUCAAACACUUUAAAUGUUUUCACAUUAGAUGGAUCGGUUGUAAUUGUUGUCUUGAAAUGAGAGCCUCAGAUGCAAAACCAAUCACUGUUGUUAUUGAAUCGUACCAUUAAAGCC